UCUUUCUGGAUCAUACUGAUGAAGAUGGCAUACUUCUCUGAAAUUCUCUCUGUCUGCUUAAUGCUAUUACCUACAGCUUUUUAUGCGAAAACCAACAAGGCUGCAGAUAAGAUCCUUGUGUCAAGUGGUGAUCAUAUCAAUUUAAACUGCUCUAUAAAUGCAACGUUGAAGAAAUACACUGUAUACUGGGAAUUCCUCAACAUGACCGGAUACAGAAUCACCAAAAAAAUGGAUGCUGACCAUAAUGAAGGAAAUACUGACACAUCAUAUAACAUUGAUCAGGCCAAAAUAUAUGAUAUUGGGAAGUAUAACUGCACCAUACAUAGGAUAAUACCACCACCUAGCAAGAACUUGUCAGCGUCUCUUAUCCAUCUCUUUGUCCAAGCUCCUCCAAACAUGUCUCUAAAUUCUACAAUUGGUGACAAUGAUAAUGUAACUGCCCAGUGUUCCCUUCACGAAUUCUACCCAAAAGAUGUGAAUGUCUCCUUGAAAACAACUUGUGGAAAUGUCCAAUAUCUGAAUGACCCUCUACUUACAAGAAAUGCCGAUGGAACUUAUAAUGCUAUCCAUGGGUUUUUUGUGAAUAUCUUCAACUGUGUCCGCAUUAUAACAGUGACCUGUGUGGCAGAACAUCAAACUGGCGGGUUAAACAUUUCUGUUAAACUCAUAAAAGGAAGACCAGAUGACGGGCUGCAGAAAAAAAAAUUCACAUGGUACAUAAUUGGCGGAAUUCUGAUAUUACUGCUUCCUCUAACUUACCUUAUCCACCAAAUUGGAAAAGAUCACCGUUCUGCGUUCAGAGCCUGUUACUCAUCAAGACAAAACAUCACCAGCACCAAUGUGAAAGAUGUAAAAAAUAUCUGAAACAAUCCAGAGCUGAAGCAUGCUGUGUUUUUGAAAAGAAGUCAAAGACAAAAGACACCUACCUAAUUAAGAAAAAUGGCAGAAGCAAAAAAACACAUGCGUUUCAUAUUUCCCAUAGACCUAGAACUAACUUUGGGAGCUAACUUCUUUUUACCACAAAAAUGCACCCAAAAAUGCAGAUGCAAAAAAGCCAGUAAAACUGCAAAAGUGCAAUAAACCGCCACAAAAAAUUGUGUGAAAGCAGCCUAAAAGAGGUGGACACUGAAGGAGUUUUAUUAACAAGCAUUUAAAAUGCUUAAAAAAGGGUGUAUGAAAGAGGCCUUAAAGAAUUUUUAUUUUAACAUACUAGAAGCCUAAUAAAUGAAAAAAUAAAAUAACUGA